UUGACAUUUUCCUAAGAUUGAGAGAGUAUAUUUAGUUCUCGGACUCUAAAUAUUGUAUCAUAAUAUUUGACCAUUUUGGAUUUCUAGUAUCUGCUAAAUCAGUUCUAUGAUUCAGAUAAUAUAGCUUACAUGCAAACCAUCCUCAAAAAUUAAUUAUUUAAUAAUUUAAUUAUAAAAUAGCCUAAACUAUUCAUUAUUUGUCAUUUGUCACAUGUUUUUCAGCUAUAAUCUAUAGUAAUAGUUUUGUCCCUUGAGAAACCGUUUUUCCAGUUCUCUAGUUUGUUAAUUGGUGAUAGACUCACUGAAAGUCCCCGCAAAAGAUGCACUGGCUAAACUCAUCGAGGCAAUCAGGCGGAUGUUGAAUUAUUAAGGAUCAAGUAUCUACCCAUGUUCAUGGCCAGUUUCUAUACAAAAUAUCUAAGCUAAUAAAUUAACAAAUGUUUUUAAAACGUUGUCAAAAAAAAAAAAAACAAAUGUUUUAAAAACAUGAGAUUUUUUAUACAAAAAUCUCUUGGAAACAAAUGUCAACUUUUGGAUGGUCAGUUAUAUUUUCUAAAUGAAUUUCAAAAAUAUAUUUAAACAAUAUAAUAUUUUAUUGUCAAAAUAUUUAAGUAUUUACACGAUUAUAAAUAUAUUAGGUGGAUUCCAACGCAAUGCAACAAUUUUUUUUAUUUUUAUAUGUAUAACAAAUAUGUAUAUAUGUAAAACUAUAUUUUUGAAUAUAGUUUGUUAAAUACCCUUUGUUAUAUCUUUUUUUGGUUAAUAUAUUAAUUAAAUCGAAUUGAUAUACUUAUUCUUGUAUAUUAAUUGUCAAAAGUACAACACGUAUUGUAUCGUGUCUAACUAAAAAAUAUAACAAUUUGAAAAUAAGAAUCACUGAUUAAAGAAAUUAAUUUUAAUAAUAUUAACUAGUCAUAAAAGUUUGAAUUUUGAUUUUUAUAAAAUUAUUAUUUUGUAUCUGUUAGUAUAUAUUUCAAGUAAUACUUAAAAUAUAUAACUUUCCCUAAAUUAUUUCUUUUUAGAACUUAAAUAUUAAUCAUGAUAAAAUAUGUAAACAAGUUAAAUAUUAUUUUAUUUUAGAAAUCUUGUAAAAUUUAAUUUUAUGAAGUAUGAUUAUGUAUGCAACUAAAUUAAGAUAUUAUUUUAUUAUAAAAUUGUACAUGACGCAUAAAAUAAAAGUCGUAUCAUAUUUUUUAUUAAACCAUUUCAUCGUUUUUUUCUUUUAUAACAAUACAAUUAUAAUGUAUUUAAUGUGAUGAUGACACAUGCAUACAUAAGUUUUAGAAAUCAUUUCCCAAAUAAUACUUAGGCAAUUUUAACGUUGUUUCGAAUAUUACCAUUCUCAAGACUAUCAGAUUAUUUUUAAAAUAUGACUAAGCCGAACAGAGAUAUUUUGUUAGUUACAUAUAGGUAUACCAUACAACUAAUAGUUUAUAAUCUCAAAGAAACGAAUUUAUACCAUGGUGUAUAGAUACCAUGAAAAAGGUUUCAAUAUCAUAUUUUAUUUAAAAAUUCCACACACUUUUAAUAAAGUGAACAAAUAUAACGGGAAAGUUCAGUAAAAAAUAAAAAAAAAAAUACUCCUAUAUAUAUUUACAACGGGAAAGCUAGAAACAAGACGAAAUGCCUCAAGUCUGAAAGAUAUAAUCAAAGAUUCUAGAUUUCCCCAUAUCUUAGCGUUUUACUUCUUCAAAAGUUGUCUCAAGACUUGAAAAAAAAGAAGUAUAUGCUCAACUUUUUUUUUGUCAGCAGAAUAUGCUCAACUAAAUAUGCUUUUGUUUAACUUUAUCUCAACUAAGUCUCUUUAAGGAUUGUGCACAAAAAAAAAUCUCUUUAACGUUAAUCUAUACUCGAAUAUAACAAAAAAAUCGCAUUGUUGUUGUAAAAAUGUACAUUGUACUAUACACCAAUCUCCAACCAAAAAAACAAAACCCUUAUAAUUACCCCACAUGCACACAUACAAUAAGUAAACCCUCACAUCUCAAGUUAAGAAUAUCUCUAAAUAAUAUGAACGGCACGAGUGGAUCUUCUACGGCGGCUCCCGCACCUUCACCGUCGGCCUUAUUCCAACAUCGCCGCCGUCAUCACGGUGGCAUGAUGCACAUGACGUUCUUUUGGGGGAAAAACACAGAGGUUCUAUUCGACGGCUGGCCAGGGACUAGCCUGAAAAUGUAUUGGGUCUGCGUUGCCACCGUUUUCGUCUUUUCCGCAUUGUCGGAGUGGUUGUCUCGAUGCGGGAUCAUGAAAGCCGGUCCGGCUAGCUUAGGCGGCGGGCUAGCCCAGACAGUGAUUUACACUGUGAGGGCUGGUUUGUCUUAUCUGAUCAUGUUGGCUGUGAUGUCCUUCAAUGGAGGAGUCUUCUUGGCUGCAAUGGCCGGGUUUGGAGUAGGGUUUUUGAUUUUUGGAAGUAGGUCUUUUAAGGACACUGGCAUUAAUAACAAUCACACCGAGGUUCAAUCACAUUGUUGAUUCUUAUUUGUUUUCAUAUCAACUAUGCUGUUUGUGGGCUUUAUCAUUUUACAAUGAAAAUAAAAUCUUUCAAGAUUUUUAGAUUUAGUUUAUGAACUUAAAUUUUGCUAUAUUCUCUUCUUUUUUUCUUUCUUGUUUUGGUCUAAAGUAUAAUGUUUUACCGGGUUAAUUUAAUAAAUUACGAAACAAACGCUGAUCCAAUUCCUAUUAUUUCCGUAUUUAUUUACGAUUUAUUUUUACAAUUUUUUUGGGUCAGCUAAUGUAUUUCCAAGAGUGAGUUAGUUUUUUUGUAGUUUUGUAAAAGACGAGUGAUUUAUUUAGCACUUUUGUUUCACCUACCAAUGAUAACUUUUGGUUAUUCUAGAGUUUUGUUGUGAUUUUUAUGUAUGAUUGACGCCGCAUCUUUGACAAGUAUGACGACAAGAAGAACAUGAGGAUGGAAUGAAUGACCCUAUUCAUAUUUACUUUUUAUCAGUUCUUUAUUUUCUAUUCAUUUUGGCAGAGUUUUAUGACCACUUAAAAAUCAAUUCUAAGUUUACGAGUUGUUAUGACAUGUAAAUAAACAGAAUUUUCCGUGAUGAUCAAAACCAGCAUAAGAGCCAUCUAAAGAUUGGAAAUUCAUCAACGAAAGAUGACUUGAAAAGAUAAUUAACAUCUAAACAUCUGAAUUCAUGAACGCUAAUGGUUGUUUUUAACAACUGGGUGAGUUUUGUUUUUUUACUUUUCAAAUCCCUUAAUCAUUAUUACCAUUUUGUUUAUUUACUGGAUCUUGCAUCAACCAUUUGUAUUUUAAAUAUUAUGAUGAAAUUAAACCAUCGAUUUGGUUAAUUUAAUUUCAACAAUGAUAUUUGUUAAAGAAUUCCAUAAGGUAAAUAAUAUCAAGUCAAGUAAAACAAUGAAAAUCAAAAUAAGAAGAACUGUUAGUAUUAUAGGAACGUUUUGUUUCUUUUUAACCUUACUUAGUUUUUCUUAAUUUUAUUGUGAUUUUUUUUUGGUUAAUGUGUUUAAUUUUAAAAAAUAAUGUAUUUAUUUGCUAUAAAUUUCUAACAUAUACGAUUUUGUAAAAAUGUGUAUGCUUUAUGUAUAUUUAUACCAUUCACUUUUUGUAUUAAUAUUUUAUAUUGGUAAAUAUUUGUGCUCCUGCAUAGCAGGGGCCAUAAUACUAAUAUCUAUAUUACUAAUAAGUUAUUUUUUAUUGGUUGCACACAUUCUCAAUUUUACUGUUUGCUUCUUUGGGUUGUUGGCACAUACCAUACAAUCUGUUCGUAUGUCCAUAAUAUGUUCCAUGCCGUUUCCAAAUCCGUUGCAUAUACACUACGUUGAGAUGCUAAUAAAAACCCCUUGUGUGGUGUCAGGUGUGGUCGUUGUCACUGAUGAUUUCGUGGAGACUCUGGAUACGCUUCCUCAGUUGAACAACGAGUUGCGUGUAGGUCACUUUAACAUGAAGGCUAGUAAAGCAAAGGGACUUGCUCAUUUAUUGAAUUAGUCGGACCAAACCUGGAUCACCGAUAUGAAGAAGAAAAUAACACAAGAUAUGGUUAUAAUGACCAAGAGGAACAAGUAUGUUAGGGUCUGUUUGUUUCUCCAUCUCGAUGAGUCAUUUGGAUGAAAAUGAGAGUUUUGUUUGUUUAGGUACUAAAAGUGCAACUCAUUCAGAUGGAUCAUCCGGAUGAUUUUUGGAAAUUUAGGUUUAAUUAUAAAGUUCAUUCAGCUGAACCAAUUUGGAUCAUUUGAAUGAAGAUGAUUCAUUCAAAAUGGUAUAGUGUCUAUUAUGCCCAUAAUAUUGUAAUUCACAAAUUACAAAUAAAAAAAUAAUAUCAUUUUUGUCACAUACGAAAACUGACAAAACUACAAAAACAUGUUUUCCCGCGAAAAACUAAAAACUAUUUUUUUCACGCUAAAACCCCAAAAACGCAAUUUUCCGUCAAAAUUGCAAAAACGUGUUUUUCCGCUAAAACCAAAAAACGUGUUUUCAUGCCAAAAUCACAAAAACAUGUUUUCACGCUAACACCCCAAAACACAUUUUUCCGCCAAAACACAAAAACACAUUUUCCCGCCAAAAUUGUAAAAAAGUAUUUUUCUGCCAAAAAAACAAAAAAAAACGUGUUUUCCCGCUAAAACCGAAAAUCUCGUUUUCCCGCCAAAACUGAAAAAUCUCGUUUUCCCGCCAAAACCGAAAAAUCUCAUUUUCCGCAAAAACCGCAAAAAUGCAAAAACACGAUUUCCCGAGAAAAACAUGUUUCCCUUCCAAAACUGCAAAACACGUUUUCCCGCUAAAACGUGUUUUCCCGCCAAAACCGCAAAAAUGCGUUUUUCCGUCAAAACCGCAAAAACGUGUUUUCCCGCCAAAACUGCAAAAACGCGUUUUCCCGCCAAAACAGCAAAAACACAUUUUUCCGCCAAAAGCGUGUUUUCCCGCCAAAACCGCAAAACACGUUUUUUCCGCCAAAACAGUAAAACACAUUUUCCCGCCAAAAACGUGUUUACCCGCCAAAACUGAAAAAAGCGUUUUCUUGCCAAUAACGAAAAAUCUCGUUUUCUCGCCAAAACCGAAAAAUUUCGUUUUAACGUGUUUCCCUCCAAAACCGCAAAAAACGUGUUUUUCCGCCAAAAACGUCUUUUUCCGCCAAAACUGCAAAAACGUGUUUUCUCGCCAAAAACCGAAAAAAUUCGUUUAACGUGUUUCCUUCCAAAACCGCAAAAACGCGUUUUUCCGCUUAAAAUGUAUUUUUCCUCCAAAACUACAAAAACAUGUUUUCUCGCCAAAACCAAAAAAAAUUGUAUUUUCCCGCCAAAACCAAAAAAUCUCGUUUUCCCGCCAGAACCGAAAAAUCUUGUUUUUCCGCCAAAACCGAAAAAUGUGUUUUCUCGCUAAAACCGAUAAAUCUUUUUUUUUCUGCCCAAACCGCAAAAAAAUCGUUAAUUUUAAAAUAAUUCUAAUGUAAAUAUAUUCAACUAAAUUAUUAAAUGUAAUAUAGUUAAAUUUAAUAUCAAACAUAUGAUUAAACCAACACAAGGGUAUUUUGGUAAUUUGUUUACUAAACUUAUUUGAAUGGAAAUGAAAAUAAAGAAACAAACAUAAGAUCCAUUUAGAUAAUUCAUCUAGAUGAGCCAUGUGGAUAGACAAACAAACAAUCACAAAAAAUGUGAAUGAAUCAUCUGAAUAGAU